AAUGCUUCAUUUAUUUACCUUUUCAGUUCAGCAAAGGGUUUCUAAGAGACAAACAUUGAUACUUUUAGAGGAUGAAACUGUAACGCUUGAUUUUAUCUUCAUCAUCAUCAUCAUCAGUCUUUUUAUUGUUGAUUCCACCUGAACGUCAGACGGGCGGAAACAGAGAGCGAGCGGGAGUGGGCGUGUCUCCGGAAGCCCCGCCCCGUGUGAGAGUCACCUGGAGAGACGGAGGCUUCGGGAGAAACUGAGACCCGGAUCACCGAUCACGUGCGUAACGGAGCGGAUUGGGUCCGUGGAGCCGCCUGUGGGUUAAACACCAUCCGUGGACUCGUGUUGCUUCGGACGGAGAAACGGAAGGACUCGUUCUCUUGGACAUUUCGUUGGAUGCCCGUUUGUUUUGGGAGAGUUUUUCACUUUGAGUUGAAGGAUCCUUCUGUGCAGCUUGUUGGACUUGUUGGAAUAAGUCGGUAAAAUGAGGACGCAGCUGAUCAGGGUGGUGCUGUGGGCCGUGACCUGUAUCCACUCUGCUGCAGGCUGUGAAGGAGAAGACUGUAGCGGAGGCCAGACCACUUCUUCGCCGCCAUCUUCUUCCUCCUCUCAUCUCUCUUCUUCUGUGGUGGUGAAAUCCCAGCCGCCCUCCCACGACUUCCUGGGCAAGUUGACCCAGGUGAGCUCGCCAAACAGCGGGGACCGUAAACACCGCGACGCCAGCGCCGUCCUGCCCUUCAUCGGCCUCACAGGCAGUGCUGAGCAGAGUCGCAGCUGCUGUAAGAACGGAGGCACCUGCAUCCUGGGCAGCUUCUGCGCCUGCCCUCCGUUCUUCACCGGGAGGAGCUGCGAGUACGACCAACGCAUCCGGAGCUGUGGUUCCAUCCCUCACGGAGAAUGGGCUCAGAAAGGAUGCUCCUACUGCCGCUGUGGCUACGGCGUCCUGCACUGCUUCCCCGACGUCUUCCACAACGGCUGCGAUGAUUCCGACGAGGUGCUCUGGUAUCGUUCCACAGCGGUGAGGACAGUUCGGCCCGGCUACGUCCUGUUCCUGGUGCUGCUUCUGGUUCUCCGAUGAUGUUUAAAAAACCCAAACAACAUGGACUCUGCUUCAUGGAACUAUUGCCAACAUCCUCCGACUUUUAAGCGCACAAAUUGCAUGUUGCACUCCGACUGUUUGGUGGUUUUAGGGGACUGAGCUGCUCAGACUACAACACAUCUGGAGGACGGGCUGAUGAAAUAUUUGGGGACUUUUUUGAGGAUUGAAAGUUGAACCGUAUCACUGCACCAACUGUAACAUCCAAUCCAAAUGUGUUUUUAUCAUGAAAUGUAUCGUUUUUUCUUAACGGCGAACGCGCUCUUUAAACCUUUCUGUCCAGUGUGCCCAGUGUCCCGUGAAUAAAGUGUAUAUGAAGGAAGCUGUACAUAAGAGUUUUAAGAAAAGUAUGUUUUUGUAGCUUGAGAUCUUUUUUUCUCUUUGUAAGAAGACAUUUUUCUGGUUUUUAACUUUGUCUGUUUGCACAAUUUUUGAGCUGUAACAUGUUACGUGUUUAUGAAAUAAUUAAAUGCAAUGUCAUUAAAACAAUGCACACUAGCAGUAA